UCGUAUGGUGAUGAUAAUAAUCAACAACAACAACUAACAAAUCAACUAAACAAACGUUUAGAAUUAAUUGAAGAAAAAUUAAUAAAAUUAACAAAUCAAAAUCAAGAUAUGAAUCAAUAUUUAGAACGUUGUUUAAGAGAUGUACAUUUAGAUGAACAAGAUUUAAAUAGAAAAAUUGAACAACGUUUACAAUAUAUAACCGAUAUGAAUCAAUUAUUACAAUUAAAAUUAAAUAUGUUAGAAACAAAAUUUGGUGAACAUAUUUUAUUAAAUCCAUUAUCCAUACCAUUACCAUUGAAAAGAUUGUCAUCAUUAUCAUCAAAUUCAAAUGGACAACAAACAUUGAUGGUCAAUGAAUUAAAUCCAGUAGCAACAACAACAACAAAACAUCAAUCCGAUUAUUUAGCAACAAAAUUAGCAUAUGAUCAAAUGUCAACAGCAACAUUAUCAUCGGUUAUAUUUUCCGGUAAUAAUAAUCAAUCUUCUAAACAACAACAACAAUUUGAAAUGAUUAAUCAACCAUCAUCAUCAUCAUCAUCAUCAGCAGCAGCAGCAAAAACAAUAGCCUAUGUACAGCCGAAUGUACGAAAAUCAACAGCGAUUCCAAUUCAAUCAUUACAACAACAACAACAGCAGCAAUCAACAACGAUUCAAAGAUCGAUUUCGACGGAUGGACCAACAUCGAAUCUAAAUGAUGAUCAUCAAACUGAUAAUAACAGUAACAGUAAUAAUAGUGAACAUCAUUCAUCACGUCGUUGUCGUCGUCAUCAUCGUAUACGGCUAUUUUCACAUCGACGACGACAUUGAUAAAAAAAAUCUGAAUUUUUUCCUCUAUUUUGAAU